AUGGGGAGUCAGUCUGGGGGGACGGACACAGAUACGAAUGCAAGUUCCGGAACCACUUCAGAACCUACAAAUGCAGACUCUGGGACCACUUCAGAGUCUCGCGACUAUGCAACACACAAACAGACAAACACAGACUCCGGAACCACAUCAGAGUCCUGUGACAAUGCCGACAAUACAAAUGCAAGUUCCGGAACCACAUCAGAACCUACAAAUGCAGACUCCGGGACCACAUCAGAGUCUCGCGACUAUGCCACACACAAACAGACAAACACAGACUCCGGAACCACAUCAGAGUCCUGUGACAAUGCCGACAAUACAAAUGCAAGUUCCGGAACCACAUCAGAACCUACAAAUGCAGACUCCAGGACCACAUCAGAGUCUCGCGACUAUGCCACACACAAACAGACAAACACAGACUCCGGAACCACAUCAGAGUCCUGUGACAAUGCCGGCAACACAAAAUGUGAGUCUGAAAACAGUUUAUGCAAUAGAAGUAAAACCUGA